UCGUCCCGAGGAGAAUUCCUCUCGCGGAAAGGAUUUUGCAGCAGAUCCCCUCGAAGCUGCUUAAAACCGAGAAAGCGAGGGAAACUGAGAAGUACAACAACGACAAAUAAACCAAAAACCCAUAAGAAAAGUGCUGGCGAAACUUAGUUCUGAGCUUAAUUUCAAGCAUUUACUCUCGAACCCUAUCUGAUAUAUUCCCUUCUCGAUCAACACCCCUCAUGGAUAUACGGUUCCCCUACUCGCCGGCUGAGGUCGCCAAAGUCCGUCUGGUUCAGUUCGGCAUACUCAGUCCCGAUGAGAUCAGGCAAAUGUCUGUGGUGCAGAUUGAACAUGGAGAGACAACGGAGAGGGGCAAGCCGAAGAUUGGAGGAUUGAGUGACCCUCGGCUUGGUACCAUUGAUAGGAAGAUGAAGUGCGAAACGUGUACAGCGAACAUGGCAGAGUGCCCGGGCCACUUUGGGCACCUGGAGCUUGCAAAGCCUAUGUUUCAUAUUGGGUUCAUAAAGACUGUGCUCACUAUUAUGCGUUGUGUUUGCUUCAACUGCUCUAAGAUUCUAGCCGAUGAGGAAGAUCAUAAAUUUAAGCAAGCCUUGAGGAUAAGGAAUCCGAAAAAUAGGCUGAAAAAGAUUUUGGAUGCGUGUAAAAACAAAACCAAAUGUGAAGGUGGUGAUGAGAUUGAUGUUCAUUCUCAAGACUCUGAAAAACCAGUUAAGAAGAGUCGGGGUGGCUGCGGUGCCCAGCAACCAAAGCUCACUAUUGAGGGUAUGAAAAUGAUUGCGGAGUACAAAGCUCAAAGGAAGAAAAGUGAUGACCUGGAACAACUUCCUGAACCUGUGGAAAGGAAACAGACUCUUACUGCGGAAAGGGUUCUUAGUGUUUUAAAAAGGAUUAGUGAUGAAGACUGCCAAUUGUUGGGUUUGGAUCCUAAGUAUGCCCGUCCUGACUGGAUGAUUUUACAAGUUCUUCCUAUUCCUCCACCACCUGUGAGGCCUUCUGUAAUGAUGGACACUUCCUCUAGGAGUGAGGAUGAUUUGACUCAUCAGCUGGCGAUGAUCAUUAGGCACAAUGAGAAUUUGAAGAGACAGGAGAGAAAUGGAUCGCCUGCACAUAUUAUUUCUGAGUUUGCCCAGUUGCUGCAGUUUCACAUAGCUACAUAUUUUGAUAAUGAAUUGCCUGGGUUGCCAAGGGCUACACAAAGAUCAGGUAGGCCUAUCAAAUCAAUAUGCAGCAGGCUUAAGGCAAAAGAAGGCCGGAUUAGAGGUAACUUGAUGGGGAAGAGAGUAGAUUUUUCUGCACGAACAGUAAUCACACCAGAUCCAACAAUUAACAUUGAUCAAUUGGGAGUGCCGUGGAGUAUUGCUCUGAAUCUUACGUACCCUGAGACAGUGACUCCUUAUAACAUCGAAAGGUUGAAGGAACUAGUUGAAUAUGGACCUCAUCCUCCACCUGGCAAAACUGGUGCCAAGUACAUCAUUCGAGAUGAUGGGCAAAGGCUUGAUCUUCGAUAUUUGAAGAAAAGUAGUGAUCACCAUCUGGAGCUUGGAUACAAGGUGGAGCGUCAUUUGAAUGAUGGAGACUUUGUCCUAUUCAACCGUCAGCCCAGCCUUCAUAAAAUGUCUAUCAUGGGGCACAGAAUCAAAAUCAUGCCUUAUUCUACCUUCCGUUUGAACUUGUCUGUUACUUCACCAUAUAAUGCUGAUUUUGAUGGGGAUGAAAUGAAUAUGCAUGUUCCUCAGUCAUUUGAAACCAGAGCUGAGGUGUUAGAGCUCAUGAUGGUGCCUAAGUGCAUUGUAUCGCCUCAGUCAAAUAGGCCAGUCAUGGGAAUUGUCCAAGAUACACUUCUAGGAUGCAGAAAAAUCACCAAGAGGGAUACCUUCAUCACAAAGGAUGUUUUUAUGAACAUUUUGAUGUGGUGGGAAGAUUUUGAUGGGAAGGUGCCAGCUCCAGCAAUUCUGAAGCCAGAGCCAUUGUGGACUGGAAAGCAAGUUUUCAAUCUCAUCAUACCAAAACAAAUAAAUCUCAUUAGACAGUCAAGCUGGCACCAAGAAGGUGAAUCUGGGUAUGCAACUCCAGGUGAUACCCUUGUCAGAAUAGAGAAAGGGGAAUUACUUACUGGAACUCUUUGUAAAAAGACGCUUGGAACAUCUACUGGAAGUCUUGUACAUGUCAUUUGGGAGGAGGUUGGCCCUGAUGCAGCUCGUAAAUUCCUUGGUCAUACUCAGUGGCUUGUCAACUAUUGGCUUUUGCAAAAUGGUUUUACGAUUGGAAUUGGCGACACAAUUGCAGAUGCUGCAACCAUGGAGACUAUUAAUCAGACUAUCGCUAAUGCUAAAGAGGAGGUGAAAAGGCUUAUUAGGGAUGCACAGGAGAAAAAGUUGGAGGCUGAACCAGGACGAACAAUGAUGGAAUCCUUUGAAAAUAGAGUGAAUCAGACACUGAAUAAAGCUCGUGAUGAUGCUGGAAAUAGUGCACAGAAAAGUUUGUCCGAGAGUAAUAAUCUGAAAGCAAUGGUUACGGCUGGUUCAAAAGGAAGUUUCAUUAACAUAUCUCAGAUGACUGCUUGUGUGGGCCAGCAGAAUGUUGAGGGUAAGCGAAUUCCAUAUGGGUUCAUAGAUCGGACAUUGCCCCAUUUUACAAAGGAUGAUUAUGGGCCUGAAAGCCGUGGCUUUGUGGAGAACUCAUACCUUCGUGGACUAACCCCUCAAGAGUUCUUUUUUCAUGCCAUGGGUGGGAGGGAAGGUCUUAUCGAUACUGCAGUUAAGACCUCUGAAACUGGGUACAUUCAAAGGAGACUUGUAAAGGCUAUGGAGGAUAUUAUGGUUAAAUAUGAUGGUACAGUUAGGAACUCGUUGGGAGAUGUUAUUCAAUUUCUGUAUGGAGAAGACGGUAUGGAUGCUGUCUGGAUAGAAACACAGAAGUUGGAUUCAUUAAAAAUGAAAAAAUCAGAAUUUGACAAGUCUUUCAGGUAUGAGUUUGAUGAUGAAAACUGGAAACCUAAUUAUAUGCUUGAAGAACCUGUAGAAGACCUGAAAACCAUCAGAGAAUUCCGGAAUGUGUUUGAAGCUGAAGUUCAAAAGCUUGAAGCAGACAGAUACCAGCUUGCAAAUGAGAUAGUAACUUCUGGUGAUAGUUCUCUGCCCCUACCUGUAAAUCUGAAGAGACUGAUCUGGAAUGCUCAGAAGACAUUCAAGGUGGAUUUCCGAAGGCCUUCAGAUAUGCAUCCUAUGGAAAUUGUUGAAGCCAUUGAUAAGCUCCAAGAGAGAUUGAAGGUUGUUCCUGGUGAAGAUCUCUUGAGUCAAGAAGCUCAAAAGAAUGCAACUCUCCUGUUCAACAUUCUCCUCCGUAGCACUUUUGCUAGUAAGAGGGUCUUAGAGGAAUACAGGCUUUCUCGUGAGGCAUUUGAGUGGGUUGUGGGGGAAAUUGAAUCCCGAUUCUUACAGUCACUUGUAGCCCCUGGAGAAAUGAUUGGCUGUGUUGCAGCUCAGUCUAUUGGUGAGCCAGCCACUCAAAUGACUCUGAACACCUUUCACUAUGCUGGUGUCAGUGCUAAGAACGUUACUCUGGGUGUUCCUAGGUUGAGGGAAAUCAUUAAUGUAGCAAAAAGAAUCAAAACACCUUCUCUCUCUGUCUACCUGAAACCUGAGGUCAGUAAGACAAAAGAGAGGGCAAAGAAUGUUCAAUGUGCCUUGGAAUACACUACUCUUAGGAGUGUUACACAAGCCACAGAAGUGUGGUAUGAUCCAGACCCAAUGAGCACAAUUAUCGAAGAGGAUGUUGAUUUUGUGAAAUCCUACUAUGAAAUGCCAGAUGAAGAAAUCCCUGAAAAAAUAUCUCCUUGGUUACUUCGCAUAGAAUUAAAUCGAGAAAUGAUGGUGGAUAAGAAGUUAAGUAUGGCUGACAUUGCUGAAAAGAUCACUGAAUUUGACGAUGAUUUGACUUGUAUAUUUAAUGAUGACCGGCAUCUGGCUAUUCUUUGUGAUACCAUGACUUAUCGUGGCCAUUUGAUGGCAAUAACUCGUCAUGGCAUUAAUCGUAAUGACACUGGACCAAUGAUGAGGUGUUCAUUUGAAGAGACGGUGGAUAUUCUCCUUGAUGCUGCAGUAUAUGCUGAGUCUGAUUACUUGAGGGGUGUCACUGAAAAUAUUAUGUUAGGCCAGCUUGCCCCCAUUGGAACUGGAAGCUGUGCCUUGUAUCUCAACGACGAGAUGCUGAAGAAUGCUAUAGAGCUCCAGCUACCUAGUUACAUGGAAGGUCUUGAUUUUGGCAUGACACCUGCAAGAUCCCCCAUCUCAGGAACUCCUUAUCAUGAAGGCAUGAUGUCACCAAGUUAUUUGCUGAGCCCUAAUCUGCGGCUGUCACCUACUACUGAUGCACAGUUUUCUCCUUAUGUUGGUGGAAUGGCGUUCUCCCCAACUUCUUCUCCUGGUUACAGCCCAUCAUCACCAGGUUACAGUCCCUCCUCUCCCGGGUACAGUCCCACAUCACCUGGGUACAGUCCCACGUCACCUGGGUACAGUCCCACGUCACCUGGUUACAGCCCCACCUCUCCUACUUACAGUCCUAGCUCUCCAGGAUAUAGUCCAACUAGUCCUGCAUAUUCACCUACAAGCCCUUCUUAUUCGCCUACGUCACCAAGCUACAGCCCCACCUCACCCAGCUACAGCCCCACCUCUCCGAGCUACAGCCCCACCUCACCGAGCUACAGCCCCACCUCGCCAGCUUACAGCCCCACCUCCCCAGCCUACAGCCCCACUUCCCCUGCCUACAGCCCCACUUCCCCUUCCUACAGCCCAACAUCACCAUCCUACAGCCCAACAUCACCAUCCUACAGCCCAACUUCCCCAUCCUACAGCCCCACAUCCCCAUCAUAUAGCCCAACAUCCCCAGCAUAUAGCCCCACAUCUCCUGGCUACAGUCCAACAUCACCUAGUUACAGUCCUACCUCACCAAGUUAUAGCCCCACUUCCCCUAGUUACAAUCCACAAUCAGCAAGGUACAGCCCGUCACUGGCUUAUUCCCCAAGCAGUCCAAGGCUAUCUCCAUCAAGUCCUUACAGUCCUACGUCCCCAAAUUACAGCCCUACUUCACCAUCAUAUUCACCAACAUCUCCAUCUUAUUCACCAUCAAGCCCAACAUACAGCCCCAGCAGCCCAUAUAAUUCUGGUGUAAGCCCGGACUAUAGCCCAAGUUCUCCACAAUUCAGUCCCAGUACUGGUUACUCGCCGAGUCAGCCUGGGUACUCGCCAUCAUCUACCAGCCAGUACACUCCACAGACUAGUGACAAGGAUGAUCGGAGUUCUCGCUGAGGUGCAUAACUGCUUUAGAGAGCUUUAUUGGAGUGAGAUUAGACUGCGAAUUUAAGCUUUUAUGUUAAUGAACGUGUUGCACCCCAUGGUGUAUUCGGGUAAACAGAAAGCACUAAAACAAGGGGGAAUGACACUUGGGCCCCAAAAGAUUAAUUUAAUGACAGGUUUUAAAAAUUUUGUUGAAAGAUAAAAUUCCGAAUAUGGAUCCAGAUACCCUUGUAAAUGUGGGAGUAUUAGUAGCAAAUCAUUGAGAGUGACCUGCAAGACUUAAAUGAUUGAUUCGCAACUAACCCUCCCAUAUUUGUAACUAGGAGUGACACAAUUACUUGUCCUUAUAAUUUUAUUGAGUUUUACUUU